AUGGCACAACAUAAUUCUUCAUCCUCUCCGAUCACUGCUUCAAACAAUGACCAUCAGCAACGAAUUCUCAGCAAUAAUAAUAAUAAUAAGGAAAAGGAAGAAUUGGGAGAAGAUGAAAUUUCGAUUCCGAUCAUGGCAACAAACAAUGAUCAAUUAAAUAAUAAGAAUGUAGAAAAUGUAAUUAUUAAUAAUAAUGAAGAAGAAGAGGAUGAUCCGAUAAGUAAUAUUGAGGAAAAUGUUGAAGAGAAAGGACUUUUACAAGAAACAAGCACGGAACAAUCAACAACAGGUUUAACAAGAGGAAAUAUUCUUCUCAUUUUGCAAUAUAUAAGGAGAGUGACUAGUGUGGCGUUUGUGAAUAGAUCGGAGGAAGAGGGAAUGUCUGGUGUAUCAGCUGUUCCAAAUAAUAAGGAAAUUUACUCACAUUUAUUCAAUUGGAAUUCAUUCAAAUCAUUGGCACCUUUUGGUGUUCUGACUGGUUUUGACUAUGCAUGCUCAACUCUUGGUUUGAAAUUUAUUACCAUCUCGCUGUAUACAAUGCUGAAAUCUUCCGUUCCUGUAUUUGUAAUGAUUAUUUCAUUUAUUUGCAAAAUGGAAAAAGUGAAAUUUAUUUUAAUUAUUUCAAUAGUUUUGAUUUCAAUUGGAGUUGGAAUGACAUCGAAGGGUACAAUUCAUUUUGAUAUUAUUGGAUUUGUACUAGUAAUGGUUGCUGUUGUUUUUACUGCACUACGUCUUGUGAUUGCACAAUAUGUUUUACAACGUAGUAAUACUCAAAUUAUCUACACAAGAUUGAGCUCUGCAGAGUCUUUGGACUCUCCAACCAUUGGAAAUCCAAGUACUCCUACGGCUCAACCUUCAACUGCUGCAGCAAGUAUUGAAACUGGACAAACAUUUGAGUAUUUCUAUGCCAGGGAUAGUGGAGAGCAAUUCAGAGCUUCUAAAGUAGAAAUUUCAUCUGUGCAAAUCUUCUUCUAUACUGCACCUGUCAUUGCCCUAACUGUGUUACCAAUUGCUCUCAUAUUGGAAUUGAAUUCAAUUAUAUCUGUUUUUUCCAAUCUGCAACAAGCAGUCGAUGCAACUCACAGUAUUCACAUGUUGAGAUUCCUCUUCAUUUUGAAAUUUGUUGCAAUGGUAUUUGUUGGAUCAAUGUUAGGUAUAAUAUUGAAUGUGAGUGAAUUUCUCCUCAUCAAACAAACAUCAUCACUCACUCUCACAGUCCUCUCAAUCUUUAAAGAAUUGCUAAUGAUUGCCAUUGCAGUAAUGAUAUUUGGUGAUCAUAUUGGAGUGUUGGGCUACAUUGGAUAUGGACUCUGUUUAAUAGGCCUAAUCAUUUACAAGGUCCACCGAUUUCUAGAUUCUAAAUCUUCACAUUAG